AUGGAGUGGGGCCGGAAGCUCUAUCCGAGCGCCGUCUCCGGCCCCAGGUCCGCCGGCGGCUUGAUGUUCGGCCUGCCACCGACAGCCGCCGAUAUGAACCAGCCGCGCGGCCCGAUGACGUCCCUCAAGGAGGAGCCCCUGGGCAGCCGGUGGGCCAUGCAGCCAGUCGUCGAUCAGAGCAAUCUGGGCAUCGGCCGCGCCCACUUUGAGAAGCAGCCGCCCAGCAAUUUGCGCAAGUCAAACUUCUUCCACUUCGUCAUCGCCUUGUACGAUCGCGCAGGACAACCCAUUGAGAUCGAGCGCACAGCCUUCAUUGGGUUCAUCGAGAAGGACUCGGAGUCGGAUGCCACCAAGACGAACAAUGGCAUCCAGUACCGGCUGCAGUUGCUCUACGCCAAUGGUGCCCGACAGGAGCAGGAUAUAUUCGUGCGACUCAUUGAUUCGGUGACCAAGCAGGCCAUCAUAUACGAGGGUCAGGACAAGAACCCGGAAAUGUGCCGCGUGCUUCUAACGCACGAGGUGAUGUGCAGCCGCUGCUGUGAUAAGAAGAGCUGUGGUAACCGCAACGAGACGCCAUCGGACCCCGUCAUUAUUGAUCGCUUCUUCCUCAAGUUCUUUUUGAAGUGCAAUCAAAACUGUUUAAAGAAUGCCGGCAACCCGCGGGAUAUGCGCAGAUUUCAGGUGGUGAUCUCCACACAGGUGGCCGUUGAUGGACCACUGCUGGCCAUCUCCGACAACAUGUUCGUGCACAACAAUUCGAAGCACGGACGGAGGGCCAAGCGACUGGACACCACGGAAGGUCUCUAUCCCCCGCUGCCCGUGGCAACGCCCUGCAUAAAGGCGAUCUCACCCAGCGAGGGCUGGACAACUGGCGGCGCCACGGUUAUCAUUGUGGGCGAUAACUUCUUCGAUGGCCUCCAAGUGGUCUUUGGCACCAUGCUGGUGUGGAGCGAGCUGAUCACCUCGCAUGCGAUCCGGGUGCAGACCCCGCCGCGGCACAUUCCCGGCGUGGUUGAAGUGACGCUAUCCUACAAGAGCAAGCAGUUCUGCAAGGGAUCGCCCGGUCGCUUCGUCUAUGUCUCAGCUCUCAACGAACCCACAAUCGACUAUGGUUUCCAGCGCCUGCAGAAGCUUAUACCCCGGCAUCCUGGUGAUCCCGAGAAGCUGCAGAAGGAGAUAAUCCUCAAGAGAGCAGCUGAUCUGGUCGAGGCUCUGUACUCCAUGCCCAGCAGAUCCCCGGGCGGCUCUACAGGCUUCAACUCCUAUGCCGGCCAGCUGGCGGUCAGUGUCCAAGAUGGCACUGGCCAGUGGACUGAGGACGACUACCAGCGAGCCCAGUCGAGCAGCGUGAGUCCGCGUGGUGGAUACUGUAGCAGUGCCUCCACGCCGCAUAGUUCGGGAGGAUCCUAUGGAGCCACGGCAAGUGCAGCGGUGGCGGCCACUGCCAAUGGUUAUGCACCUGCACCCAACAUGGGCACCUUGUCCUCCUCGCCCGGCAGCGUUUUCAACUCCACGUCAAGGGUCAGCAGCCUGAGUUUCAAUCCCUUCGCCCUGCCCACCUGCAACACACAGGGCUAUAGCACCCAACUGGUGACCUCAACCAAAUAAUAUUACUACUAAUGAGGCUAUUGGCAGGCCACCAAUCCCUCGCGGACAUCCACAAGAAGCUCGACAGUGCAAUAAACAUGAGAAAAUGGUUCCAAAAUUCG